GGUUCAUUUCCAACCUCUCUCUAUCGACAUGUCCAGCAAAAAGCCUCAAACUGUCACCUUACAGCUAACUUGUCAUGUUUGCGAAAAGGGUGGAUAUCGUACUGAUAAUUUCAGGAGACACCUAAGAAGUCACGGUAUAAAAGACAUACUGUAAUGUAAAUGGACUUCUUGAGACUGAAGAAUUGCGCAUAGGCAUCGAGAUUAAGGAAAGACGAGGAAACGGAUUUAGAAGAAUCGAUAAUGACCAGUAAGGAGCUCUAUGCAUUGAUGAGUUAAACGUUUCUCAAUUUCUGAUGAUUGUAGGUAUAUAUAUGCAUCCGCAAACGAUGUAACUGCCAUGAAGCACCAAGAAUGCAUUGCUUGCGAGCAUCAUUGCGCUGAUAUAUUGGAUUUGAGAAUACAUAUUAUUGAAAGUCAUACGGUGCUGCAAGUAGAAGAAAAUGCUGGAAGCUCUUCUGAUGGUAAGGAAGACGCUGCGCUGAUAGUUGACAUUGCCGAUAUCUUUACUGAUGGAAUUGUGGUAGAACGUGCGCAAGUAAAACAGUCUUCCAAGCGAAACAAUGAGACUUUACAAUCUCCUCCAAUAUCAGAUGGAUUGAGUCAAGCGUCAGAUGUGAGCGUAAAAAAAAGAAAAGGCUAUGAGACGCCAACAGCAGUUCAACCGAUUCAGCGGCAUCGAAACUUGCUUGAGGAGUUUACGACCAGUCUGGAGGAAAAUCCUUUUGAUGAUGAUGACGACCCGCUUAUCUCUGUUCCUACGGAAAUCGGCUUCGAAUUUAAGCGUGAAAGUGAAGAAGAAUGGCUUUUGUAUGGUGAUGACGUCUUGGAGACUAUCUACAAUUACCAAAAUACGAGUCUCAGACAUUUACGCCAGAAGACUGCUAUCAACGAGAAUAUCGAAAGGAUACUGUCAUUGUCUUCCAUCAUUUUACUCAGACAUCAAAGCACGAUAUUUGAUGGCAGCUCAGAUCAAUCGAAGCUGAGAGAAGCUAUCAAAUCUGAACAAUUGAGCGCAUUGCAAUCGGAAAUGAAUAAAGAUAAAAAAUCUGAUUUGGAAUCGCUUCGGAAAACCUUGAAGAUGACCCUUAAGGAAAAUAGUCGUUCUUUAGGUUUGAAGGCAAUCGAUGCGACUGAAAUGAAAGAGUUGAGUCGCUUGAAAGAACUGACACGCUAUAUUCAACACCCUUUUCGUGAAGUAUCGCAUGUCGGUCGUAAAAGUGAGACUGAGACACAGUGUACCGCAGCACACCUAUACCCUUUCAUGUUGAACAUGUAUGGUGAUCCAGAUAGGUUUCCAGUUGUCUUUGGUAACAGUUCUUCCACCGCUUCGGCAGCUCGCAUCAACGGAAAAUACCAAGCACGGCAGCCAGAUGGUAUCAUACAAGUCGUCCAUGGGCACACCAUUCUUGAAGCUGGAUAUGUGGAGAACAAGUUCAACAACGCCACCAAGGCAAAUGUUGCAAAGGACUUGAUGCGACUUUGUCGAUUUGCGAAGGACAGUUUGGAUCUUCUGCGCAGGAGAUCAGUGGAUCCAGACCUCUUUAUAACAUUGAAUCAAAUUGUCGACCACCAUGUGGAUCUCCUCGUUGCAAAACGCCAGGCGGAUGGCUACACCAUAAUCACUCAAGUUGGAUCAUACGAGUUGCCGAGCACCAUUAGGGGCAUGCUUGCUUUUCUAGAUGAUUAUGAAGAACUGCACGCUUAUUUUGAUGCAAGCCUGGACUGCUGUCAAAAAGUUCGGCAAGUUCUUAUGACGAACCCUCCGACAUUGGCUGAUACAGCGUAUCGGCAAUGUGUCAGCACACCAGAUCUGAAAAAAUUCUUGUUACUUUGAGAUCUACGUACCCAAGAUCAUUGCUUGCAUUUUCACCUACACAAUCAUCAACGUGUUUCAUCUUUUGUUACAUUAGCUGGAUAAAACCAUUUGCGUAUACCCUCAUACUUGCUCUCAUUUACCUUCCUUCAUUUUUUGCAUUUUUCGUAGCUCAAUAAACAUCAUCUCAUUUAUAAAUUUGACACCUC